AUGCAUUUCUCUCGUCGCGACGUGCUGUCCCAUACCCACGACACGACGACGCGACACGACGACGCGACACGACGACGUGACAACACGACCUCCUCAAGCAUGGCUCUGAGCAAGGACCAGAUCAAGAUUGUCGCAGAGAACCCACUCGAUGAGGCAUUUGCUACUGUUUGCAUUAAACUGCGCGAUUGCACCGAUGAGCUGCAAGUUGGUCUGGUUGCUAGCCUUCUGGGAGCGCUCCUCAACUCUUCCGCAGCAUACUUCCUACCUACACCAGACAGAAGCGGCAACAUUGCGGGAAAGUUAUUCGCCAUACAGCAGUCUGUCCGCGGAGGCUCAAUUUGUCUAGAAAAUUUCAGGCCACUUAUUGACGUUGCCAUCGCAAAAUCUUCCGAUGCCGAUAUCUGGGAGGCUGCCCUUUAUCUCCUGGACACUCUUGGCCCUCCUCCUCUGUCUAGCAUCACCCCGACCUUCAAAGGAACGCCAGUCAAGUCCAGGUCGAGUCGACUUGCCGAUAGCGAGACGCGUGAGAUUAUUGGGCGAGAGCUCUUCUACGAGAUAAAAGAUUGUACCUUCCGCAAUGUUGGGGGUUUCUGUGACAAGUAUUUUGAUACCAAGACCUGGUGUAAACAACAGAAAAAGAUGCUCAAGGGGAUGAUGGAAAUGCAUAACGGCAAGAAAUGGACGGAAUUUCCGGCCAGCCCUGAUGAAAAACCGGUCUGGGACUGGCUUCGAUUAGUAGAGGAGCGAAACCUAGCCGACGCACCAUACAAGCUCCAAACUACCAAAACCGCCAACCAGUUCAAGGAGCAAAGGGGCCGAAUGGAUCUCUUCUUUCGGAUAACAAGUAAAGGAGCAAGCGCAACCUUUGAGUUCAAGCAGGUCCUUGUUGUUGGAGAGCAAAAGAAGUCAUAUAACGAGGGCCGAUUAAAGGCAGAUCUCCUACACCUUACGCGCUAUAUCCGAGGGAUCUUUAUCGACCAACCCACACGCCGAUUUGUCCAUGGGUUUACCCUCUGCGCUUCUACAAUGGAGCUUUGGGUCUUUGAUCGGUCGGGGCCUUACAGCUCGGGACCAUUCGAUAUUCACGAUAAGCCGGAAAUAUUUGCGCGGGCUAUUGUUGGGUAUGCUACAAUGGACGAUAAUGCUAUGGGCUUGGACACAUUUAUUAAGCGGGAGGAUAGAUAUCGUCAUGUUAUACUGGACGAUACAGGGAGUAGCAGCAACGAAAUGAGGAUCAGGCUAGGGAUGCCAAUAGUCAGACAGAAGGCCAUCGUCUGUCGCGGAACAACAUGCUGCGAGGCCGAAAAUAGUAGUGUUGCAAAGUUCUCUUGGGCUUCAGACAAGCGAAAGCUUGAGAUUCACCAGCUCAAACUGGCAGCAGAAAGGGGCGUUCGGGGGGUAGCAAGAGCAGUGGCCUAUCGUCGCAUUACUACUAUUGCUGAAAUGCGCAUGGGGCUACAGUUUCCGGAACGUCACCAGUUCCGGAAUGAAGAAGUCUGCUUUAACGAUUCGCCAUCGGUUACACCAAGCGCAAAGACAUCGAGCAACAAGAGCAACAAGCGUGAAUCAUCAUUCGAUAAUACCUCUGAUGCGUCUGGACCUAAGCGGCUGCGGAAGAAUCGUCUCUCAAAGCUGCCCGCGAAUUUAAGCAAGCAGCUGUCCAUAACCAAGACUACGCCUAGCUUAUAUGCGUGUGGUGAGGGCCCAUGGGAGAAUAGGAUCUACUCAUGCCUCGUCAUUUCACCAGCUGGCCGUUAUAUCAGCAACUUUACAACAAUCAGGGAACUACUGGAGUCAAUGCGAGAUGCCAUCAAAGCACAUCAACCCCUGUAUAUGGCCGGUAAUAUUCUCCACCGGGAUGUCUCUUCCAAUAAUAUUAUUAUUACAGAGUCCAAGACUGCAGAUGGCUUUUGCGGUAUGCUUAUUGACCUUGAUCUAGCCGAGGUAAGAGAUGGUAGCCCGAGCGGAGCGCGGCACCGGACGGGCACGAUGCAAUUCAUGGCAGUCGAGGUGCUCCGCAAGACAGAUCAUACCUACCGCCAUGACCUCGAGUCAUUCUUUUACGUCCUGCUUUGGAUGUGUGCGCGCGAAUCAUGGACCAAAAACAACUUCAGCCGCGGAGACAAACCUUCCAAGAGUCGGCUCCGUAAGUGGCAAGUCGGGAGCUUUGACGAUAUUGCCGACGCCAAAUCGUAUCACAUGAGCAUCAACGGCCUCGAAACGAUUAUGGGCGAGUUUCCAGAAGCUUUCGACAUUGUCAAGCCGCUAUGCCUCCGGAUCAGGAAGAUUCUCUUCCCCUUGGACAAGGAUGAAAGGGUGAGCUUCGGAACCCCCCCGGGAGACCCAGACCAACUUUACAGGCCCAUGAUAGAAGCAUAUGACGAGGCUAUUGGAGGUCUGUAA